ACAAGUCAAAACAAAAAUACAUGAAACAAAAUCACUGCAAGGAAUUAUCGUUUGUCACGCAAAGCUUGGUGAAUUGUUUGGUCCAGCAAAUGGUAUCAAAUAAUUCGUGCAUCAAAGUUUAUAAAACCGGACGAUAUAUAGAAAAAGCAAACAACGGUGGAGAAAAUAUUUAUAAACAAAGCCAGAAAUAUUAAUAUGGGUGAUAAAUCCUAUAUACAAAAUCCUCAUCUGUCAGGGAUGACUGUUGAUGAGCUUUAUCAUAUUGGUCUAAAUACAAAUGAUGACCUUAAAACAAUAUUUAGUGAUGUUAAGUUUGUUUGUCUUGGAGGCAGCAGUGGAAGAAUGGAGAAAUUUGCCAAAUUGUUGCAGGAUAGGUUAAGAGAAGAAGGUUUAAAUUGUGGGUCAGAGAUAAAAAAUUUAAGCAAAACUGAUCGCUAUGUCAUGUAUAAAGCCGGACCUGUGCUCUCUGUAAAUCAUGGUAUGGGCAUUCCAUCCAUAUCUAUAAUCCUGAACGAACUGAUAAAAUUACUUCACUAUGCCAAUGCGAGAGAUGUUGUAUUUUUUCGUCUUGGUACUUCAGGUGGACUUGGAACAGAACCAGGUACAGUCGUCGUGACAAAAAAUGCCGUGAAUGAAUUACUCAAGCCACAGUACGAACAGAUUAUUCUGGGAAAACGAGUGAGUCACUCCAGUGAAUUGGACAGUAAGCUGACAGCGGAAUUGCUGGCAUGUAAUCGCGAGGAUUUUGCGGUUGUGUCUGGUGACACGAUGUGCACUUUGGAUUUUUAUGAAGGUCAAGCGAGGUUGAACGGUGCUUUUUGCGAUUACGAAUCAGAGGAUAAAAUGUCAUAUCUACAAAAAGUUUACGAAGCUGGCGUGCGUAAUAUUGAAAUGGAGUCGUUGUGUUUUGCUGCUAUGUGCAGACGAGCCGGGAUACCAGCGGCAGUCGUUUGCGUCGCUCUCUUAAACAGAUUACGCGGGGAUCAACUUAAUCAUAGUCCGGAAGAUCGCCGGGAUUAUGAAAAUAGACCGAUGAAACUGAUCAUAAGUUAUAUCAUUCAACAACUUACGAAGAACGGACAGAAAUAGACUAAUUAUUUGUAAAAU